UAUCUUUUACUCAUCAGCUACAUUUUGUAUCUGUCUUUGCAUAAAGUUCAAAUCUUACGAACUGCAGAAGGAAAGUUUGAGGAAGCUGUCAUCGAGUAUCUAUUCACGGUGUAUUUAUUUCCGAUGAUUGUUGUCCCCAUAAUGUGGUAUGAAACGAGAAAAAUUGCCGGAGUUCUCAAUGGAUGGGUCGAUUUCGAGGUAACCUAUAAAAAAUUAUCCGGGCAUGUGCUGCCUCUACAUUUGUAUAGAAAAUCUCUUGCUAUUGCGAUUAUAAUACCUAUUCUAUCGACCACCUCGGUUAUAAUAACCCAUGUUACGAUGGUUGACUUCAAGCUGGUGCAAAUAAUACCAUAUGUAUUUCUGGAGAUAUUGACAUAUAUCCUGGGAGGUUACUGGUACCUACUCUGUGAGACAUUGAGUAUUUGCGCUAAAAUAUUAGCUGACGAUUUUCAACUGGCUCUCCGGCACAUUGGUCCGGCGGGAAAAGUCGCCGAAUACCGUGCUCUAUGGCUGCGUCUGAGCAAACUAGCACGUGACACUG